CUGUGUGAUGUGCUUCUAUAUGAUGAAAUUGUACCUUGUUCCGUGACUAGUGUGAUAUGACGCCAUUUUCUUCGUGAAUGCCAAUUAUCGAAGUUCUUCAAUAUUUUCUUUGUUUCUUCAGUCCAGCAAUACGAGACACUGAAUACAGACAGGAAUAGUACAAAGAUGAUAUAGAAUGAGGUCACACUGUCGACACACAUGGCAUCCCAGUAAGAACUGUUCCCAACUCUGUCAUGCCCAUGACAAUCAGGAUCUAGCCUUCAGGUGGAGUAACUAUUCAUUGUGAUGCCGGUGGAUGCUGACCUCUGCUGCACAGACGUGGUGCCGCCUGGUUGUGAGCUGAAGGGCCUUCGCACUUGGAAAGACAUUUGUCUAGUACGAAAUUCUCUUUUUCAACAUCAGGGACCCUUGCGAUCCUGACACAGAAAGAAGUAGCAGCUCACGUCGACGGUCUACAGAGGGAGUCAGUCAGUCAGUCCAGGGAUACCCGUGAAACUUAACCCCUGCGAGUGCAUUGUACUGUGAUUACUGUGCUAACUGUGGACAUUGUGUUAACAAGUGCAAUAUACUGAUAGUGCAAUCGUUUGUGAACUUUUUGUUGUUGUUAUAUAAAAGUGAUAAUAACCGUGGAACUAUGGAGCGUGAGUCGAACCCCAUGGAGGCUCUGUGCCGUUCAGGAUGCGGAUUCUACGGGAACCCGUCCACAGAUGGACUAUGUUCAGUAUGCUUUAAGGAAGCGCUAAAGAAGAAGCAGCAGCCGCCCGCGACGACGCCGUCGCCGGUGUCGUCGUCAUUUGUGGCGACGCCCACGCCCACGCCGCUGGCCGCCGCCGCGCCCACGGUGCCCGCGCUGCCCGCCAGCCCGCUGCAGCUUACAGACAAGCUGGAAGAGGAGAGCGGGGCCGGCACGAGCGGCGCCAGCACGGGUGCCUCGGACACCGACGCCGACGACAAGGACCCCAGCAAGGACAAGAAGAAAAAGAACAGAUGCGCCGUUUGCCGCAAGAAGGUUGGACUCACAGGGUUUGAAUGCCGUUGCGGGGGCCUGUUCUGCGCGGUGCACCGGUACAGCGACAAGCACGAGUGCUCGUUCGACUACCGGGAGCUCGGCGCGCAGGAGAUCCGCCGCAACAACCCUGUCGUCGUCUCCCAGAAGAUACCCAAGAUAUGAGCCGGCGCGCCCCGAGCGCCGCCGCCCACGCGCCCGUCAGCGCUAACCACGCCCACGCGUCUCGCGCCCACGUGCGCCGCGCCCACGCGUCUCGCGCCCAUGCGUCUCGCGACCACGCGCCGCGUGCGCGCGCCCUGCGUGACGGUAAACCGUGUGUGCUCUAAAGUGUUGAAAAUUGUAUCGUAAAAGUUACUCGGAACUAUACCUCAACUGACUAUAAAAUAUAUAAAUCAAGAUAAUUAUUAUAUAAUGUGAUAGCAAGCAUGUGUACUCCUCUAAAACUGUUUUUUUUAUAUAUAUUGUUUUUAUGUAUUAAAAAACUUUUGUUUGACUAAGUUUAGAUUAAACCGGUCAUGCAGGUAAUUUGAUGUAUAUCUAAAUUUAUAUGUAUAUCUUAGACCUAUCUUAGACCUAACCUAACCUAACCUAACCUAACAUAUUUUCACAUAGUGUUUGUGUUAUGUAUGUGUUUGAACACAAUGUCUUUUUAAUUCACUUUUGCUUCAUAGCUAUUUUACAACUUGGUCCUCAAAAUUGAUUUGUAUCAUCUGUUGUCAAACGUGAGCCUAUUUACCAAAACUAAGUACAUGAAACUACUUACCCUUUGUUGGAUUGUAUUGAGAUAUAUUAGUAGCUCUUUAAAAAACUUCUACUGCUCACAAUGCUUUAUAAUUUGGUUCCGGGUUUGAUUUCCAGCUCAGUUCUUAUUAAGUUUUAUGAUAUCCAAUUUGGCUCAGGUUGGCUGAAUUACUACUCCACUGGUUUUACCAUUAUGAUGUGUAAAAGCCAAUUGAGAUAAGGGAUGAAAACACUAUAAUAUAUCUUAAAAUUUAUUGUUGUUGGGUUUUUGCAUAGUUAGCUACCUAGCUAAUAAUACCUACCAGUAAUAACGCCAAGGUAUCCUAUUACUUGUAUUAUUGACUUGAGAAAUUAUUAAUAUUUCUGAAUUUACUGGUACUCAAAUAUGUAUUUCCCAAGUUAAUGGCACUGGUAACUGAUAGAGACACUAUAUCAACGACCUACAUCAUUGUCUCUGAUCACUCGAUGAUCACUGUCAUUCCCACGGCUCACGGAAAUGACAGAAGAUUAUAUGAAAACUUGUCAAAACUUGUGAGCCGUUUUUAUGAAAAGUAAAUGCAGUCUAUACAGUCUAUAAAAAAAUUAAUUCAUUUAUUUCAAUUAGGCUCAGUUUACAAGCACUAUUGAAAGGUCAGGUUUAUGUCAUAAUUAAAUUUAAUCUAAUGAUGGUAAUAAUAGUCGAAAACUUAAAAUUAAUGUUACGAGGGUUCCAAACUCGCCUUGAUCCGAGAAGAGCCCACAACAAACUCGGCCAAGUCUAUGUCUCUGCACUAUAUGAUUUUUGUUUUUAGAAAUGCACUAUGUGUCUGCAAAGUAUUUUGCCACAAUUAAGCCUCUAUGAGGAGUGUAUGUGCUUGCUAUCGAAUUGCUUCUGAUCGGAGCAAUUUCUAUAUGUCAAAAGACAAUUAUUUCUUUUAAUUGUAUAGCUGAUUGUAUUUUCGGUUGUUUUUUUGAAUUCUUACUUCUUAACAUAAGCGACUUAGCGCUGGCGGCCUCUUACCUAUAUUAAUUUACACUGAAUAAACAUUAGAUGGUGUCUGUGUCUCUGUUAUUGCGUUUUGUAUAAAUAUAUUUCACAUCUGGUCGAAAAAAUUCGACUAUCUUCCUUUUGACUACGACGAGAUGCAGACUCGAUCUAUAUUACGUUUAGAUUAAUUUGUGGCGAGAGUUUUGCUUUUAGAGAUUGGGCAUUUUGUUGUGCCACAGCGAUGGCUGGCUGAGUUCGCAGUUGUAGUGGGGGAGCCAGGGAUGCUAAAUUUUCAGUUACUCGAGCGUCAUUGGGGACCGAUUUGCACUUGGUGGAUUGAAUUAUAGGAAGAAUAAACGGUUAUUACCUUUUUUCGCUUUUAGCGGAGGAAACAAAAAACUACAGACUCUAAAAGAGAUUUUAAUUACUUUGGCUUACUGAAAUUGUCAGAAAAUUUUAGCGAUUAUUUGGGGGGGUUAUACCGUAAUUAAAAUGAGUAAAAAAUUAAUCACGCUCGUAACUCGAGAACUAAAAUAUAAGGGUUUUUUUUUUAACUUUGAAACCCUACCAUUCCAUUACGUUACGCUCAAAUCGUUAGAUUUUCGAAAUGUGCAGUUUAUACCUAUCAACUCACUUAGCUUAUCUUAGUCUGGUACCUUAUCUAACGUGCUGUUUGAGUAUUUCUGAAGUUAGUUUUUUUUGGUUGCCCUAAACGCACCAAUAUUAAGGGCUCAUACGUGGUGGAGGUACUCAACAACGUGCAAGGUAUAGUCCCUUAUGUUCAUGUGUCGCGCUCGAGUAACUGCAAAAAUCCACUCUUCGGCUCCCCUACUAUUGUAGUUGUAUGACUGUAACUUAGCGAUUAGAGAGGCUAGUUCUGUUAGUCUAGGUAAACGUAGGACUAUAUUGUAAUCCAUUUCUAUGGUGCGCUUUUAGGACGAUUCAUUGAUGCUGUAUGUAUUAAAAAAGUUUAUCUCAUUUUUUGUGAAUUACUAUCAAAAAUUACACUUUCAAUUUCACUUUUUCCUCGAAAUAUUUCACUGUACACAUUGUUCCUCGUUUGUCUGUUUUGUGAGCAGUGCGACAGGACACUGGAAAAAUAUGCCAAGAUUUCCUAAAGCUUUUGUCAAGACAAAAAAAAAAUAACAAAAAAUUAUAUUUCAAACGAUGGCAACAUUUCAAACAUUCACUGUUCUGGCGUACUGUCUCGGUCUAAUAAGAAAAAGAAUGGCCGGCGCCCGUUGGACGGAUUCGUCGCAACUUGCCCAAUCUCGCACUUUAAUAAACUUGUAGAUAAUGUUCGUUUUGGGUAGGAGAUUCAUAUUAAUUUUCAAUUAUUAAGUAGAGUUUUGAAUAUGUCCAUUCACCUCCAUUGUAAAUAUUAGUUGUAAUUAAUUAUAGAAAUAAUAAUGGUAAUGAAAAAAAAAACAAAUCCUAUAUAUUGUAAAAAACUAAAACUCCAAAAAAAGCUACAUUGUUACGAUUCCAAGGAAGAGCAAAGCGCGCUUCACAAUACAAUAUAUCGAGAUAACAAUCGUAAGCUGACGCUCAACGAGUGGGAGCGGCUCGUCCCUCCGUGUUGUAUUUGCCUAGUUGUAAAUUGUACAGAUGUUACGCUGCUCACUUGACUCGUGUCGACAACGUUCAGCGCGCGCGCCGCACGUCCGCUCGCACGCGCGCCCGCCCGCCGACUGACGACCACAUUGCCGAUCGGCGAUUGACUUCAUCUAAUUGAACCUAAUAGGAACAAUCGUACGAAUUUAAUGUCUAACAAAUCGAAUACUUGCAGUGUACGUCCACAAAAUUACGUUAUAGCAAACAGAUUUCAACGAAAUAUACUUUUUUUAGUUAAUUAUUAUAUGCAUAAUAAUAUUACGUAUUUGCGAUUUCGUGUGUUAAUUGUGGUUCUUGAUUUUUAUUGACAAUGACGAGGAUUGAACUGUUGCUCUAUUUGUGUGACAUUAAAUUCGUACUGUUAUAGGUGUUUGAUAAAAUGCGCGCGACUGUCGCGGUUUCGUUUCGUGUUGUCGCAGCACGAAGCACGCCCGCGCUCGCUGGACAGACAUCAUCUUCAAAUUGAUAGUAUUUUAAUUUCGGUUUGGGAAAUUGUCGCUUUUUUGUCUAACAUUCGGCAUAAGUGACCUAGAGUUAGCGAGAUUGUGAUGUGUGUCAGCAUUAGGCAAGGGUGCGAACGCGGCGAGCGUUGCGACUGUCGCGUCACGGCGCGUAUGUCGCGCCGCAGUCGCAACCGCACCCGAGCCGUUCUUUGUGUGAAAAUUAAAAGUAAGCGAUAGUUAUACAUUUAUAAGUAGUGGACACUUUAUAUUAUUACACAUUAUAUAAGUAGGAAAGAAUUUAUUUAGCUUUUUUCUUUUAAUCACAAUAUUAUUCAAAAUUGUAUGUUGUAUUAUGUAACUCGUUCAUUUAGUGGUGAAGUAACGGUUAUACCUUGUACUGCUUCGGUCGUCGUCCACGGUAGACUAACUUGAUUGGCUGGACUUAAUUAUUUAAUGACUUUUGUUGUAUAUUUUGUUAGGUCAUUGAUUAAUUUUGGUCUUUUUGCUUAAAAACAUAAUCAGAUAAAGAUGAUGUUAAUAACGAUUUUUUUUCUUCUAUCUUGCUGUUUUAAUUUAGUUAUACUUCUAUUAAAGUCAUUAAAUUUUCAGGAAUAUAAAAUUGUUCUCUUAUUUACUCACCAACUUGUGUUAUAUAUAGUGUAAUAAAGUUAUUCACUAUUUUGAUUAAAUAAAAAUUCUCUUAAUUGUACCUCUAA